CAUCAUCGUCAACUCCAAAUCCACUCGAGAAAAACAAGAGCAAAAGACGAGGACUCACAUUGUAAACACGAACCCGGGAUCAUCGACAUCUUCUGAACUGCAGACAUACACGCCCGACACCGCAACCUGCCGCUGCAUGUUCUCGUCGUCUUUGUAAAUCACUUUAAUCGCCGCUGCCGCGUAUAAAUACUUCCAUCUCGGCUUUUUCUUUCUCGCAACGGCCGCCAUCGUCAACCCUGUCUUCAAUGUUCUGCUAUAUCUCGUCGUGCUGCCGAGGCAUCGCUUUCCCCAGAUAUCGACACAAACCCCACGCAUUUGUAAUAAUCAGCACUCGCCACAUUCAACGCCACAGAACCCGCCACAUCAUCGCCUUCUUCAACUCUGUAAGUUCAGAAGGGAUCUGGUUGUUGUUUAAGGAAAAGAAGUUAGGAAAAGAAGAGAAAGGAUGUCGUCGAGCGCGACAGUGCCGUUUUUCAAAAAACCGUCUGCAAAGAUCGCCAACGCGCGGCGUCGCGCAGCUGCCUCGCGGAGGACAAAAGUCGAUUCAGACAAAAGCGACGACGACAAUGACGAUGACGAUGAAAGCUCAGCCAACUCGUCUGCCUCCGAUUCAGACGACGAGAGCAGGCGGACAGCGCUGAAAAAGACGUCUACGAAGAAGAGGAAGAUUGGCGGGAUUUCGGAUACAAUCACGAGUAGCGCGAACGGGUCGUCGAAGACGGGCGUUGCUGCUGCUGCGGAUGUCGGGGUUGGUGUGGAGCAUAAGGGGAGUGGGUCGGCUGCGCUGUCGAAUACGACUGACAUUACGAAGAAAUCUGCAAUGUACGAUGAGGAUUUCUUGCUUGGGAAGAAGAAGUUGAAGCCGUCGUCCGACGAAGUCGACGGCGAAGUUCUCUCCGGCGACGCAGCAGAAGCGCUCGAGCAGCAGCAACAGCAGCAGCAGGGAAUCUACCGCGGCAACGCAAACUACGCCAAAUUCAUCACCCCGCGCGAGCAAGCGACGCGCAAAGUCGGCCCGAUGAAGUCCGCGUCGAAUAUCCGCAGCACGACCGUGACGGACUAUCAGCCGGACGUGUGCAAGGAUUACAAGCAGACCGGGUUUUGCGGGUACGGCGACUCGUGCAAGUUUGUGCAUAUGCGCGAGAAUUAUAAGGCGGGGUGGCAGUUGGAUAAGGAGUGGGAGGAGGUGCAGCGGAAGAAGAAUAAGGCUGCGUGAAGUGUAGAGUUUUAUAUUGUAAUAUAGGAUUUGGUUAUG